AUGCAGUGGCAAACGGUGGCUUAUCUUUCGAUUAUCCUUGGCGGUGUCCUCGUUUCCUGUUCGCCGAUUUUGAAUGGAGAUCAAACGCCCGAUUUAGUAAGGAAAACUCGUCACAUUGGAGGAUUUGGUGGUGGCGGUGCGAUUGUUGGAGGCGGUGUAAUUGCUGGCGGCGGUGGUGUUGGUGGUUUAGUUGCGCCACCACCCAUCAUUCAAACGGUUCCCGUUGUCUCCACCAUUCCAGUCAUCACAACUGUGCCAGUUGUCUCCUCAUACUCAACUGUUCAGGCAGUGCCAAGUUAUGGUUAUGGAGGAGCAGGCUUGGGUGGUGCCGGCUUGGGUGGUGCUGGCUUGGGUGGUGCUGGCUUUGGUGGUGCCGGUGGUUUCGUUGGCGGCGGCAUCGGAUUUGCUAAAUUCAAAGGUAUCGGCUUUGGCGGCUUGUUAGGUUAA